AUGGCUUGGCUUCAGCUCAAAGGCGAGCAGCUCUCUGGGUCAGCUUAUUAUUUCAAUGGAUGCAAGGCGCUGAUGUUCUCAAGUGUGGUGCACUUCAAUCAAGCGACCCGGCAGCUUUGCACAUGGGUCAAGGCUGCAGAAUCAUCUAUCGAGGAGCUGAAGACGGCCCAGGCUGGUUCUGUGGCGGUUUAG